CUGGUGUAUAGGGUCUGAUUAGCGUUCGGAUGUAAAACACAAACAUGAAACUAAACGUUUUCACUUACAUUUCUGUAGGCUAGAUCUACUCGUACAUGAAGUCCAUGCGCCGAUGUUUUAUUCUGGAUGCGUCUAUGCCAGCGUUGGAAAAGGGUUAUUUUACGUUUAGUCCGUCGUUGAGACUUACAGGAAUAAUGACCAGGGCUGAAAUCAUCAUCCACAAGCCGUUUUCCUAGUGUAGCCUACAUGUUGAUCCGUUUAAAUUUUUCUAAAUUCCACCGAAGCAGUAGCCUGGGAAUGGUCAGAGCAAACGUUAGCAUGUAAAACGAGUUGCAUUUAGGCAUGGCUUUUGCUAAAUGGGAAUGGACCAAAUGAAUCAAGUAUCAGUGUUUGCAGACUGGACUAAGGGGCGUUCCAACAGCAAAAGCGGCGUUUUGUAAGGGCCAGAUUUAGUACACGCAGUGCAAAAUGCGGCCUGAGGAGAGUGCGUUGGUGCGGUCGCAGUCUGCCUUUAAUGAACGUCUUAUUUAGGGAGGCUACAGCUCAUUAUGCAAUCAGAAAAUGGGACUGCCUACAAACCGCAUUUUGCGAAAGAGACCGAUCUUAAAGAUAAUAUUCAUUUCGGACUUAUAACGGUCACGAGAGGAACCCGUGAGUGCUAGAACACCAUUACAGAACCAGCAGAACCCACUUUUCCACUGCAUCACACUGUCUCCCUGCUGUUUCUCAGGUAUGAUGGUUGAAAAUUCUAUUCUUAUAUCAAAAAUGGAUGCAGUGGUGCUGUACAGUUACCAGUUUGUUAAGAGAGUUUUUAAUAAGAAAACAGAGUCCAUAUACUGAUCCUGAAUGGUUUAGUCCAGCACAGCGACCUGUCACUUAUGAAGGAAAUCACAUGGGUUCAGUUAUCCAUGUGAUCACUCGAGCUCUAGAACCGUACUUCCCUCUCGGGGUUUCAGCGCACUUGUCCCUGGUUGCUCUGGAUAACAAAUUCUGUCAAAUGUCUUAAAUGUAAUAUAACAUAAGAAUAGAUGGGUUGCGGUGCACGUUCCACGCCUAAAGUUGGGAGUCUGUGUUUCCCAACAUUUAAACUACUCCGACGAUGGGGUUUUGUGUCUUUCUGUGCUUCUGUUCAUUUUUAAUCGUAAUUUGCGUUGUCUAAGAAAUUAAAUGCUUCGAUCUAAAGUGGGCUAAUGCUCAUGAAGUUCCUGGAAACUGUUGAAACGCGAAUGCCCUGAAAAGCACGACUAUCUAAGACACGCACGAAACUGACGCGCAAUAUACGAGCGUAAUUACGGUAAAUUCCCAAAUAACCACCCCUACAGAAAAUUUCGUAAGAAACCAUUGUUUACAGAUAUGUAACCUAUUCUUUUCCACAAAAACGCAGACAUAUAAAAACACAAUCGCAGCAACUGAAAACGGCUAAUGGUUUAAUAUUUGCAUUCCUGAAUCACAUUGCACAAAACGUCUCCAUAUGAUAAAUAUUUGAAAGCGGCAGUGUGAGAUUUUCAUGUAGCCCGCGUGCUAGCUACAAUGUCCAAUUCUGCGGUUUUUCAAACACAGUUAGCUUCCGUCAUUGAUACGAUGGCAAAAACUGCCAUGACAGAGAUAAUCAAACUGGUGGACGACUACUCUGCUAUUCUACGGUGGGAAAUGUACCGAAGCCAGAAUGAAAAUGAAGGACUAAAGAAAAAAAUAGAAGUAAUGGAGAAUGAGCGCCUGACGCCCCGCGAUAGCGUAGCUGGAGCACGGGACGGUAGUGGAAACGGCCGCUCUCCCGGAACUCUAAUUAGCGAUCCAUCCCGUGGGCAAGACGGUGGGAACUCUAUCCUCUAUCCACGGAAUGGCUUUGCGAAUCGGGAUUGCGAUGCGAGGGGAGACGGGGAGCGAACGUACGAGCCUGCACCGCACAAGGAUGAGCCCCCCAGCGAUCCCGAGCGGCUCGUGAUCAAGCAGGAAGGCCCUGAGGAGGCGGGCCGGGCCAGCCACCCCCGGGCCCGGGAGGGGGAACAACAGGGAGCCCUGCAGUGCCCCGCCCUCCCUGUUGCUAGGAGACGGGCUCCAGGGCAGCACUGUGAGGAGUGUGACGCGCCAGCAGAGGGCGCUGAUGAGCAGCCACGCCCGCACAGGACCCAGCUCAGCCUCCAGAGCCCCGGGCUGUGCGAGGAGUCUGGGCGUGGCGCGGGCUCCGGGUUCCUCUCGUACGACGGGGCUGUGGGGCGCUGCAGCCACACGGACACAGAUGAGCUGCCGCUCUGUUAUACUCCACACCAGCAGGGGGCGCUGCUGCAGUACGAGCCCGCGGGAGACCAGGCCUCUCUGAACCCGGGCUCCGCAGACCCAAACCCCGACCCCCCAGGCAAGAGCCUCCGGGGGGAGACAGCGCUCAGCUGCAUGUACUGCGGGAAGUCUUUCCCUUACUUAAGUUACCUGAAAAGACACAUAUCCAACCACACCGGCGAGAGGCCGCACAGGUGUGCCCAGUGCGGCAGGUGCUUCAUCCGCCGGAGCCACCUGGUGCGGCACCAGCAGGUGCACACGGGCGUCAAGCCCUUCGACUGCGCGCUGUGCGGGAGGAAAUUCGCCCGUCUGAGUCACCUGGACAGACACCUGAGCACUCAUGUUUGAGGAGAGGGAACUGAGGCCUUCCAAGAGGCUCCUGUCACCCAGAUAAAGUCUAAGUAAAGACAGCUGUGUGGGAGUUUGAGUUGAUGGGAGACUACUUUAUUCGAGACAAUAACGUGUGCACAUAUACUGCAGCUUACAUGUUGUUAAACAUUCUCCCUUUUUUCAUGGGAAAAAGCACAUUAAACACAAUAAAAUGUUACUUUUUAAGGACUAAAUAUAUUGUUAAUCCAAAUGUGAUUUGUUUUCAGCAGAAGGCUGCAGUAAUGUUUAGGUACGUAGUGAUCUGCUCUCCAUCCAUCCUCAACUUUUUUCACCCGCCCAAGACUG